UCAUGCAUCCCUUUUCGCUAAAAUAUAAAUUCUCUCCUUUGUCAUCCCUGAAUUGCUCCUCUCCGGCCCCCCUUCAGCCUUUUUGCUUCACUUUCACCUCCAUAGGCGUCGCUAGUUGCUGCUGUUCUCUGUAGUCACCGGUCCCUCAUCAGCAUCAUCAGUAUCUAGCUUCGGAUUCACUGAUUCUCCAUCUUUUGAAACCCAGUCUUUGUUUUUGCUCGGCCAUUUUCCUUUUUAUCAUGGCAACUAGACUUCAGUUUGAGAAUUCAUGUGAAGUUGGGGUUUUCUCCAAGCUUACAAAUGCAUAUUGCCUGGUUGCGAUUGGAGGUUCUGAAAAUUUCUAUAGUACUUUUGAGGCAGAGUUAUCAGAUGUUAUUCCUGUGGUUAAGACCUCGAUUGCAGGCACUAGAAUUAUAGGGCGGUUAUGUGCUGGGAACAAAAAUGGUCUUCUUGUUCCUCACACCACAACUGAUCAAGAGCUUCAACACUUAAGGAACAGUCUACCUGAUCAAGUUGUUGUUCAGCGGAUAGAGGAGAGACUAUCUGCUCUAGGGAAUUGUAUUGCUUGCAAUGACCAUGUUGCUCUUGCACACACUGAUCUGGACCGGGAAACCGAGGAGAUAAUUGCAGAUGUCCUCGGUGUGGAAGUUUUCCGGCAGACAAUUGCUGGCAAUAUUCUUGUGGGCAGCUACUGUGCCUUCUCCAACAGAGGUGGCUUGGUUCAUCCGCAUACCUCAGUAGAAGAUUUGGAUGAACUUUCAACUCUUCUUCAGGUUCCAUUAGUGGCUGGCACUGUUAACCGGGGUAGCGAAGUAAUAGCUGCUGGAAUGACAGUAAAUGACUGGACGGCUUUCUGCGGUUCAGACACCACGGCAACAGAACUUUCUGUGGUGGAAACCAUCUUCAAGUUGAGAGAAGCACAGCCGAGCGCGAUUGUGGAUGAGAUGAGGAAAUCAUUAAUUGACAGUUACGUUUGAUUUGAUAUAACAUCGUUUCGGCGAUGCACUGAGGACAAACAUAAUCAGUUUGUCUGCGGAAGAUACUAUGGUAAUCCUGAGUUUGAAUGAUAAAAAUUAGUGUCUAAUUAUGUGGAAUUUUCUUCGACCUCUCCAUGUUUCAACAUAGGAUUUCAAAGUUGAUUAAGGAUCCUGUUAUCUUGAUAAAGAGAUUAAGAUAGAUACUGUGUUAUAUAUUUGUGGCCCUUGAAUGUUUGGUGGUGAAAGUUUGAAAAGGAA